AUGAUGCUCGCAACCCUACCACGCCCUUGCUGGCUUGGCAAGAGGCCCAAGCAAGCGCCCUCCUCCUCACUGGUGUUGCCUCCUCCUCCUCACUGGUGUUGCCUCCUCCUCCUCACUGGUGUUGCCUCCUCCUCCUCACUGGUGUUGCCUCCUCCUCCUCACUGGUGUUGCCUCCUCCUCACUGGUGUUGCCUCCUCCUCCUCACUGGUGUUGCCUCCUCCUCCUCACUGGUGUUGCCUCCUCCUCCUCACUGGUGUUGCCUCCUCCUCCUCACUGGUGUUGCCUCCUCCUCCUCACUGGUGUUGCCUCCUCCUCCUCACUGGUGUUGCCUCCUCCUCCUCACUGGUGUUGCCUCCUCCUCCUCACUGGUGUUGCCUCCUCCUCCUCACUGGUGUUGCCUCCUCCUCCUCACUGGUGUUGCCUCCUCCUCACUGGUGUUGCCUCCUCCUCACUGGUGUUGCCUCCUCCUCACUGGUGUUGCCUCCUCCUCACUGGUGUUGCCUCCUCCUCCUCACUGGUGUUGCCUCCUCCUCCUCACUGGUGUUGCCUCCUCCUCCUCACUGGUGUUGCCUCCUCCUCCUCACUGGUGUUGCCUCCUCCUCCUCACUGGUGUUGCCUCCUCCUCCUCACUGGUGUUGCCUCCUCCUCCUCACUGGUGUUGCCUCCUCCUCCUCACUGGUGUUGCCUCCUCCUCCUCACUGGUGUUGCCUCCUCCUCACUGGUGUUGCCUCCUCCUCACUGGUGUUGCCUCCUCCUCACUGGUGUUGCCUCCUCCUCCUCACUGGUGUUGCCUCCUCCUCCUCACUUGUGUUGCCUCCUCCUCCUCACUGGUGUUGCCUCCUCCUCCUCACUUGUGUUGCCUCCUCCUCCUCACUGGUGUUGCCUCCUCCUCCUCACUGGUGUUGCCUCCUCCUCCUCACUGGUGUUGCCUCCUCCUCCUCACUGGUGUUGCCUCCUCCUCACUGGUGUUGCCUCCUCCUCCUCACUGGUGUUGCCUCCUCCUCCUCACUGGUGUUGCCUCCUCCUCCUCACUGGUGUUGCCUCCUCCUCCUCACUGGUGUUGCCUCCUCCUCCUCACUGGUGUUGCCUCCUCCUCCUCACUGGUGUUGCCUCCUCCUCCUCACUGGUGUUGCCUCCUCCUCCUCACUGGUGUUGCCUCCACCUCCUCACUGGUGUUGCCUCCUCCUCCUCACUGGUGUUGCCUCCUCCUCCUCACUGGUGUUGCCUCCUCCUCCUCACUGGUGUUGCCUCCUCCUCCUCCUCACUGGUGUUGCCUCCUCCUCCUCACUGGUGUUGCCUCCUCCUCCUCACUGGUGUUGCCUCCUCCUCCUCACUGGUGUUGCCUCCUCCUCCUCACUGGUGUGCCUCCUCCUCCUCACUGGUGUUUACUCUCCUCCUCACUGGUGUUGCCUCCUCCUCCUCACUGGUGUUGCCUCCUCCUCCUCCUCCUCCUCCUCCUCCUCCUCCUCCUCCUCCUCCUCCUCCUCCUCCUCCUCCCUGGUUUUGCCUCCUCCUCCUCCUCCUCCUCCUCACUGGUAUUGCCUCCUCCUCCUCACUGGUGUUUCCUCCUCGUCCUCCUCCUCCUCCUCCUCCUCCUCACUGGUGUUGCCUCCUCCUCCUCCUCACUGGUGUUGCCUCCUCCUCCUCACUGGUGUUGCCUCCUCCUCCCUGGUUUUGCCUCCUUCUCCGUUUUGCAUCAUGGUGCUCUGCACCGCUAAGGUAGGUAGAGGUAAGUACGCAUGGGGGUGA